AUGUCGGCGUCGCACUUUCAGACAGUCCAUCUUGAACACCUCCCGCCCAACUAUGACCUCCACAUCGCACUGUACCGGAACGUCACCAACGCCGCUUUUCUGCACUCGCAGCUGCUGGCUGGUAACACGGAUUUCGAGUAUGCGUUGAUUGAUGCUAGUGUGAUCCUAUCUAAAGUUCACAUUCUAGCAGCCGCUUAUCGCGCCGUCAAUGAUCUACUAGAAAACAGACUACGGAGCCGCAAUGUCCACUCAGAGAUCGUGUUCUCACUCUCACCUAACAACAAUAUCGCCGAAUCCUUCCGCCGCUUCGGCAUAACACCCAGCACCACAACCCUCCUCAUCAUCAAACUCUCCACCCCCACCACCUCCUUCCCACUCUCCUCCAUCGCCACACACCUCUCCUCCUCCAUCAAAGGCGAGAACAUCCCCUUCACAGAUGAGAAUCUAGCAGAGACCGUGGAUGAGAAGAGGGUGAGGAAGAUUUAUAAGCUCAAUGCUAGUCAUCCAGGAGGUGGUGGUGGAGGAGGUGGUGGAAAGAACGCUCUAAAUGGGAGUGGAGAGGUAAAUGGGAACGGGAAUGGGAAUAGGAAGGUAGGAGAAGACCUAAGGAGAGAGUUGGAAGUUGGUGUUUUGGGGGCGAUGGCGUUGAGGAGUGUGACGAAUUGAAGCUGUUGGCGAUGUAGAUAGAUUGGCCUGUGGGGAGAAAAAUAAAAGGCAACACUACAGCGUUGUGACGGACGACAAGGAUGAAAUGGGAAAUGAUAGAUAAAAAGAUAGAUGAUGAGUUACGAAUCCAUGAGAUGAAAUGAAACGGAGGAGGUGCAGUGCAGCCUCUGAUCGUACGCGACUUGGCCCUUGCCUUAGGUUGCGAAGAUCUGAAGAGAUAUUGCAUGAAGUUUCUGAAGCCAAUGUUACCUUUUCUGGUCCUUUGUAAUGUCACGAGGAUUCUAAAAAUAAAUUUACUGCUGCAUGUUCAAAUUUGGUUUUUGCAUUUUCUCUAGAAUUAAGC